AUGCCUCAGAACGAGUACAUUGAGCGCUGGACCAAACAGCAUGGUAGGAGACUCGACCAUGAAGAGCGGAAGCGCAAGCGCAUAGCCCGUGAGGGCCACAAAGCCUCCAAGAAUGCCCAGAAACUGCACGGCUUGCGCGCCAAACUCUACGCCAAAAAGCGCCACGCGGAGAAGAUACAGAUGAAGAAGACCAUCCGGCAACACGAGCAGCGGAACGUCAAAACCGAUGGCCCAUCCGAGCCCUCAUCCAACCCACUACCGGCCUACCUCCUCGACCGUACACAGCCCAACACCGCCAAAGCACUCUCUUCGCAAAUCAAGCAGAAGCGUGCGGAGAAGGCUGCGAAGUUCUCCGUACCCUUGCCGAAGGUCCGGGGUAUUGCCGAGGAGGAGAUGUUCAAGGUUGUCAAGACGGGAAAAAAGACGGCGAAGAAGGGGUGGAAGAGGGUUGUUACCAAGCCAACUUUUGUCGGGGCGGAUUUCACCAGAAGGCCCGUCAAGUAUGAGAGGUUUAUUAGGCCCAUGGGGUUGAGGUAUAAGAAGGCGAAUGUUACGCAUCCAGAAUUGGGCGUUACGGUUCAGUUACCCAUUCUUGCGGUUAAGAAGAACCCGCAGAGCCCGAUGUACACACAGCUUGGUGUACUCACUAAGGGAACGAUUAUCGAGGUUAACGUCAGUGAACUUGGUAUGGUUACCGCCGGUGGAAAGGUCGUUUGGGGUAGAUGGGCUCAGAUCACUAACAACUGUGAGAAUGAUGGGUGUGUAAAUGCUGUCUUGCUUGUUUAAUAGAUGGGGGAUUGGGCCGGUAAUCUCGGGUUUGCUUUCAGAUAGCAAUUAAAAAUAAAAUGUAGCCCUUGUUUUUGUUUUUUGUAUGAUACAAAUAUGCAUCUAUUAAAUCAUAUCAAAAAAAAUCCGAUGUGAAA